AUGUCCGCCUCCAAAAUCGAAAAGAUCAUUGCGCGACUGCAAAAACGCAUCGCCGAAGGCGCCUUCGAGGAACAGUACGAAGCGGCACAGGAGACACGUCUCGUCGCGGCGCGCUACACCAAACAGGCCAACUGGGGCGCGGCCGUGGAUAUCCUGUCGAAUGUAUCACAGGCGCUGCUGCGCGCGGGUCAGGGCGGUAGUGGAGGCGACUUGGCAAUUUUGUUGGUAGAAGUGUACCGGCAGGCAGCACAGAAACCGGAUGGCGGGUCGCGUGGAAAGUUGGUGACGUGUUUGCGGUUGUUUGACAGCGAGGAGCCGACGAGGAAGAAGUUUAUUAAGGAGAUGAUUGAGUGGUCUAAGAAGUUCGGUGACUAUCCCGCGGGCGACCCGGAGCUGCACCAUGUGGUUGGCGCGCUCUACGCCGAGGAGCAUGAGCCAGAGGAAGCGGAACGACACCUGAUUCUGGGUACCAAGGAGUCGGCCGAGGUAUUGAGCCGCAUGGAGUACGAGUGGUACAAAGAGGACGAUUCACACACGGCACCCAUAUACUGUGCCCGCGCCGUCCUGCCCUACCUGCUCGUCGCCAAUGUUCGCGCGGCCAACGCGUCCUACCGUGCCUUCGUCAGUGCCCUAGCGGCGGACAACCAGGGGCUCGCCGUGCAAGACGUGAGCUCGCAGGGCUCCGACGUGCGCAUCUUUCCCAGCUUGCCGCUGCUCAACUUCCUGGGCCUGCUCCUUUUGGCGGUUCAGAAGGGAACACCCGACCUUUUCCGACAGCUCAAGACCAAAUAUGGCUCCAACAUAAACGAGUUGGAUGGUACGUGGGACACGGCGCUGGAGAUGAUUGCCGAGAUGUAUUUUGGGAUCCAACGGCCGAGGCAGAGCAACCCAUUGUUCGACAUGAUGGGGAGCUUGUUUGGAGGCGGUGCCCCUGGCGGCGGGCAAAGCCGGCCAACAACACGGCGGGUAGAGGCGCCGCCGGCUGCGGAGGGGCUAGAUUGA